GCCUUGAAAAGGUGUCAACAUUUCCAUUAAAAAGUUCAGAGUUCAUUAAAUUGUUAGAAAUUUAGUGAUUUUUCUUACAUGUCAAUUGCAAAACAGAAAGGGGCAUUUUGUUGAUUGCCAUGAAAAUCCCUCCAAAGAAACCUCAAUUUAUCAAACCCAUUCAGAAAGGUUUCAAGCAUGGUCUUAAAAUCCCUACAGGUUUCUUGAAGUAUUUGAAGGAACAGGACCAUAUUGAACAUGCAAUACUAAGAAAGGCAGGUAAAGAGUGGCUGGUGAAGGUGAAUGGAUGGCGAUUAGAAGAGGGUUGGAAAAAGUUUGCUAAGGAGAAUGAUUUGCAAUUGGGAUAUUUGUUGAUUUUCAAACAUGAAGGAGACAUGGAGUUUGAGGUUUCCAUCUUCGAUUCGAGUCAUUGCGACAGAGAAUAUGCAGAGUAUCUUCAACAAGAAGCAGGAUGCAAUAGUUUUGAAGAGACUUCCAAGAAAUUUGAAAUCAAAAUCAAAGGCGAGGCAUUUCCCUAUGCAGAAGCUGGUACUUGCAACCCUUGCAGUCAAUCUCAUUUUGAGUGCAUUGUCAGACAUUAUUGCAUUUCAAAAGGUUACUUGCGCCUUCCUAAGCAAUUUGCAAAGGAAAACGGUCUUGUCGACAAGAAGUGUGAUGUGAUUAUCAGAGAUGAAAGACAAAGAUCAUGGAACUUAAGGUUAGCUACACACAAUUCUACAGUCCAUAUAUUAGGUGGAUGGCGCAAGUUCCGCGUUGUGAAUGACUUAAAGGAGGGAGAUUAUAUGAAGUUUGAGGUUAUUGCUAAUGGAGAAAAACCAAUAUGGAAAUUUCACGACAAACCAAAACCCAACAUCGUGCCAAUAAGAAAGGCUUUUCUCAAGGAAGAAUCUCCUACUUACAGCUCUUUUGGUCAAUCUCAUCUUGUGUGCAUUGUCAGGCCGUAUUGUCUUUCAAGGAAUUACUUUCGCCUUCCUAAACGAUUUGCUCGGGCAAACGGACUCGUCAAUAAGAAAUGUGUUUUGGUUAUUAGAGAUGAAAGACAAAGAUCAUGGAAUUUAAGGAUGGAUACCUACGGUUCUGCAGUCUAUAUUGCAGAGGGAUGGCGUAAAUUUCGUGUUGAAAAUGACUUGAAGGAGGGAGAUUUCAUGAUGUUUGAGGUUGUUACUAAUGGAGCGAAACCAAUAUGGACAUUUCAUGGAGCGGCCACUCACAAGUCUUUUGGUCAGUCUCAUUUUGUAUGCAUUCUUAAACCCUAUAGCCUCAUCAAUGAUAUCUUGUACAUUCCUACAAAAUUUGCAAUUGCAAAUGGUCUCACCAACAAGAACUGUGAUUUGAUUAUUAGAGAUGAAAAGGAAAGGUCGUGGAUUGUCAAGUUACGUUCUUUUGGCCCUGGUGCAUGUAUCAAAGGUGGAUGGAAGGAAUUACGUGAUGCAAAUUGCUUAAAGGAAGGAGAUUGCAUAAUAUUUGAGGUUGUUUCUAAUGGGGAAAAACCAAUAUGGAAAUAUAAUGGACUCUCCUCACGUCACUUGGUGAAAUUGUUCCUAAAGAUGAUCAAUCAUUCUCUUUAUCUUGAGGAACAUUUAUUACUCAGCUGUUACUAUCAAUUUGGCUUAUCUAAAACAUGUAUAGUACACACCUCCUCCAUCACACAUUUCACUCCCCAAUUUGGAAGAAGAAGAAAAUUCAACAGAGAAGAGACGAAUCAAUUUGCAGAGAUGAACGACUCUACUCGUAUGCACGGAGCAGGCGCUAUGAAUAUGGCGCCGUCGCCGCCGGCCGCCGCGAACAGCCAUCACAUGAUGAUGAUGCACAUGACGUUUUUCUGGGGGAAAAACGCCGAAAUUCUCUUCUCCGGUUGGCCGGGAUACAAUAACAUCGGUAUGUACGUCUUCGCACUUUUCGUCGUUUUUCUACUUGCUUUCUUCGUCGAGUGGCUCUCACAUACAAAUUACAUCAAAGAGAGUGCAAAUCAUGUAGCGGCUGGGUUGAUUCAGACGGCUUUGUACGGAAUCAGAAUUGGUUUGGCUUAUUUGGUUAUGCUGUCUGUGAUGUCUUUCAAUGGCGGCAUUUUUCUGGCGGCGAUUGCUGGCCAUACGUUAGGGUUUAUGGUUUUCGGGAGUAGGGUUUUUAAGAAAUCGCCGUUGACGGCUUAUGCUAAGGCAUCGGAUCUUCCUUCUAUGCCUUGUAAUUGUUGAUGAAAAUUGAAAUAAAGAAGAUCUUUAAUAUAUUUUCUUUUUUAAA